AUGAUAUUUAAAUUCGUCUUAUAUCAACAUAAUAUGUAUUAUUUUAUCUGUAAGUGUUUUAUCUCAAAAUUUAAUAUGAAGAAUAACUUACUCUGAAAGUUCCUAAGAUUUUUACUCAGCAAAGAGUAAUAAUUUAUUGAUGUUUAUUAAAUUCAAAUAAAACUAAUAAAAUAUUGAUUUAAUUCAAGACUCUAUUGAAAUGGCUAAUGGAACCUCUAUUAGCAUUCUAGUGGUAAAGGUCUUAUUGUUUCUAAGCUUUAGAGCAUUCUGGUAUAAUUGAAUUAUCAAUUAAUUUUUACAAUUAAACAAGAUUACUAUGUAACCACUCAAAAAAAUUCUAUGAAAUUUAAAAAAUUAAGCAUUUAUAGAUUUAUUAUAAAUUUUUAAGAAAAUUUAAUCAAUCUAAAUGUCUUUUUCAAACCCCAAGAGUCCAUUAAAACACUGAUUGAUCAAGAAAAUGUCAAUUUCUGA